AUGGUGUCGCCGACGGAGCCGCAGGCCGAGACGACGACGGUGUUCCGCUCGACGCUUCCCGACAUCGCCAUCCCGGACCACCUCCCGCUCCACGACUACGUCCUGGAGAGCCUGGCGGAGCGCCGCGACCGCGCGUGCCUCAUCGACGGCGCGACGGGCGAGACGCUCACGUUCGGCGACGUGGACCGGCUGUCGCGCCGCGUCGCGGCCGGGAUGCGCGCCGCCCUCGGCGUCCGCAGCGGGGGCACGGUGAUGCUGCUGCUCCCAAACUCCGUGGAGUUCGCGCUCGCGUUCCUCGCGUGCUCCCGCCUCGGCGCCGCCGCCACCACGGCCAACCCGCUCCACACCCCGCCCGAGAUCGCCAAGCAGGCGGCGGCCUCCGGCGCCACCGUCGUCAUCACCGAGCCGGCGUUCGUCGGCAAGGUGCGGGGGCUCGCCGGCGUCGCCGUCGUCGCCACGGGCGACGGCGCCGAGGGCUGCGUCUCGUUCUCCGACCUCCUCGCUUCCUCCGCCAACGACGACUCGGCGGCGGCCAUCGACGUGGCGAACGACGUGGUCGCGCUGCCGUACUCGUCCGGCACGACGGGGCUGCCCAAGGGGGUGAUGCUGUCGCACCGCGGGCUGGUGACCAGCGUGGCGCAGCUCGUGGACGGCGACAACCCGAACCUCCACUUCCGGGAGGACGACGUCGUGCUCUGCGUGCUGCCCAUGUUCCACGUGUACUCGCUGCACUCCAUCCUGCUGUGCGGGAUGCGCGCCGGCGCCGCGCUCGUGAUCAUGAAGCGCUUCGACACCCUCCGCAUGUUCGAGCUGGUGAAGCGGCACCGCAUCACCAUCGUCCCGCUCGUGCUGCCCAUCGCCGUGGAGAUGGCCAAGAGCGACGCCAUCGACAGCCACGACCUCUCCUCGGUGCGCAUGGUCAUCUCGGGGGCCGCGCCCAUGGGCAAGGAGCUGCAGGAUAUGCUGCGCGCCAAGCUCCCUCGCGCCGUGCUCGGACAGGGGUAUGGGAUGACGGAGGCAGGCCCGGUGCUCUCAAUGUGCAUGGCGUUUGCCAAGGAGCCGUUGCCGGUGAAGUCCGGCGCCUGCGGCACGGUGGUGAGGAACGCCGAGCUCAAGAUCAUCGACCCGGAGACCGGUCUGUCCCUCCCCCGCAACCAGCCCGGGGAGAUCUGCAUCAGGGGCAAGCAGUUGAUGAAAGGGUACCUCAACAACCCGGAGGCCACGGCGAAGACCAUCGACUCGGAGGGGUGGCUGCACACCGGAGACAUCGGGUACGUUGACGACGACGACGAAAUCUUCAUCGUCGACCGGCUCAAGGAGCUCAUCAAGUACAAGGGGUUCCAAGUCGCUCCGGCGGAGCUCGAGGCCAUGCUCAUCGCCCACCCCAGCAUCGCCGACGCCGCCGUCGUCCCAAUGAAGGAUGACUCCUGCGGCGAGAUCCCGGUGGCGUUCGUCGUGACGUCCGGCGGCUCCGAGAUCACCGAGGACGAGAUCAAACAGUACGUGGCGAAACAGGUGGUGUUCUACAAGAGGCUGCACAAGAUCUUCCUCGUGGAGGCUAUCCCCAAGGCACCAUCUGGCAAGAUUUUGAGGAAGGAUUUGAGAGCAAAGCUGGCGUCUGGAUUUUCCAACGGAUCAUCGUGUUGA